AUGAAGAAAGAACGUUCAAUAUAUAAAUUCAUUAAAAAUAUUUAUUUUACAGCUCAUCAAAUAUUAAGUUUGACUGGUAUUAGCUUCGAGAGGAAGAGCAUAAUUGGCUUCGUGGAAUUGACAAUAGUACCUUUGAAAGACAAUUUGAGAAGCAUUAAACUAAAUGCUAAGCAAUGUAGAAUUUACAGAGUCACAUUAGGCGAUUGUGAGGCUACUUUUCAAUAUUUUGAUCCCUUUUUGGAUAUCUGCAAAAAUGAUUCAAAGACGAGAUCUUUGGAGGUAUUUUCUAAGUGUCAUUUAGCAGCUGCUCAAAAUAUAGAUCCUGAUUGUAAUGCAGGAGAAUUAUUUAUCAAUGUGCCCCAUGAAGCAAGCCAUCUCAUUGGUGAAGGUAGAGGUUUAAGAGUUGGAAUAGAAUUUUCUUUAGAGCAACCUCAAGGUGGCUUGCAUUUUGUUGUGCCUGAAACUGAAGGCACCAUGGAAGAGAGGGCAGCUCAUAUGUACACCUAUGCACAUGAAAACUCAUCAAGACUCUGGUUUCCUUGCGUGGAUUCUUAUGCCGAGCCUUGUACUUGGAGUCUUGAAUUCACUGUUGACGCAGCAAUGACAGCUGUCUCUUGUGGUGAUCUUGUAGAAAUUACUAUGACGCCUGAUAUGAGGAGGAAGACUUACCAUUAUGUUUUAAAUACUCCUGCUUGUGCUCCUAAUAUUGCUUUAGCUGUUGGACCUUUUGAAACUUAUGUGGACCCCCAUAUGCACGAAGUGACCCACUUUUGUCUACCACAACUAAUGCCUUUAUUGAAGAACUCUGUUCGAUAUAUGCAUGAAGCUUUUGAGUUUUAUGAGGAGACUUUAGCUACAAGAUAUCCAUAUCCUUGUUAUAAGCAAGUUUUUGUUGAUGAGACUGUUCAAGAUGUAGCUGCCUACACUACCAUGAGCAUUCUGAGUACUCAUUUGCUUCAUUCCAUAGCUAUAAUUGAUCAAACUUAUAUAACCAGGAAAGCAAUGUCUCAAGCAAUAGCUGAACAAUUCUUUGGUUGCUUCAUUACAAUGCAGAGCUGGUCUGACACCUGGCUCAAUAAAGGAAUUGCUGAAUAUCUCUGUGGGUUGUACUCGAAGAAAUGUUUUGGAAAUAAUGACUACAGAGAGUGGGUUAGACAGGAAUUGUUGGAUGUUGUGGCUUAUGAAGAACAGUAUGGUGGUAUAGUUUUGGAUCCCAGUCAAGCACCUGCACCUCUUCCUGUUGCCGCUGCCUCUGGCACAUCUCCUGUAACAGGUGCUGGAGGGCCCCAAGGACGAGGAGGCAAUCACCAUGCUACAGUGGCUCAAAAUAAUGGGCAGAAUGUACACCAUUUCCCUACCAGAAGUCUGCAUACUAUGUCACCAAAGUAUAUACAGGCAAUGAGAAAAAAGGCUCAUUUAGUCAUUAGAAUGUUGGAACAUCGGAUUGGUCAAGAAUUACUGCUGCAAGUGUUUAACAAACAAUUAGCUUUGGCUACGAAUGCUUCUACACAAAAAAUUGGCAGUGGAUUAUGGCAUCAUAUGCUAAUUUCUACAAAUGUCUUCACAAAAGCUAUAUUUACUGUUACCGGCAAAGAUAUGGCUGUUUUUGUUGAUCAGUGGGUCAGGACUGGUGGACAUGCCAGAUUUUCGCUGACAUCAGUUUUUAAUAGAAAAAGAAAUACUGUAGAGUUGGAAAUCAGACAGGAUGCAGUUAGUCAAAGAGGUAUUAGAAAAUAUGUUGGUCCAUUGCUAGUUACUUUGCAAGAACUUGAUGGAACUUUUAAACAUACUUUACAAAUUGAAAAUACAGUUGUUAAAGCUGACAUCACUUGUCAUUCCAAGAGUCGUAGAAAUAAAAAGAAAAAGAUUCCUUUGUGUACAGGAGAAGAAGUUGAUAUGGAUUUGAGCGCUAUGGAUGAUUCUCCAGUUCUCUGGAUUCGCCUGGAUCCUGAGAUGACUCUUCUUAGAUCAACUCAAAUCGACCAGCCAGAUUACCAAUGGCAGUACCAGUUGAGACAUGAGCGUGAUGUCAUUGCUCAGAUGGAAGCGAUUGAUGCAUUGGAACGCUACCCAACUCCUGCCUCGCGAAUGGCUUUGACUGUCACUAUUGAGAAUGAGCAAGCAUUUUAUAAAGUUCGAUGCAAAGCUGCUCAUUGUCUGACAAAGGUGGCCAAUGCAAUGGUUUCCACUUGGGCAGGGCCUCCAGCCAUGUUGGCUAUUUUCAGAAAAAUGUUUGGGUCUUUUUCAGCUGCUCAUAUCAUACGGCAGAAUAAUUUUACUGAUUUUCAACACUAUUUUCUACAAAAAACUAUACCUGUUGCAAUGGCAGGUCUCAGAAAUGCUCAUGGCAUUUGUCCUCAUGAAGUAAUUAGAUUUUUAAUAGAACUAUUCAAAUACAAUGAUAACUCAAAAAAUCAUUACUCAGAUUGUUACUAUAGAGCUGCAUUGGUUGAUGCUUUGGGAAACACAGUUACACCAGUUGUUUCUAUGGUGCACCAGGGUGCUCCCAUAACUGCAGAAUCACUAUCUGCAGACACAAAACUGGUUUUGGAAGAAAUCACAAGAAUGCUGAAUUUAGAAAAGGUUCUGCCUUGUUAUAAAAACACAGUAUCCGUGUCUUGCUUGAAAGUUAUCAGAAAAUUACAAAAAUGUGGGCAUUUGCCAAGCAGGCCUACAUUAUUUAAGGCAUAUGCAGAAUAUGGACAGUAUAUAGAUGUUCGAUUGGCAGCUCUAGAAUGCCUGGUGGAUUUUGUUCGAGUUGAUGGCAGGCGAGAUGGCUUGAACAAACUUUUAGAUGUAGUAGAGACAGAUAGAGACCCCGGGGUCAGACAUGCUCUCGUUAGAAUGCUUAUUGAUAAACCGCCUUUUGAAAAAGGACACAGGCAUAGGUUGGAUACGAAGGAUUUGGUGGAAAGAAUUUGGAAUAAUAUCAAUGGCAUGUUGUCGCAUGAUACAAGACUACGUUGUGAUCUGGUAGAUUUAUAUUUUGCAUUGUAUGGAUCUAGAAGACCUCAAUGUCUUCAAAGCAAUGAAAUGUCUAACUUGGUUAAACCUCAACGAGUAUCAAAUCCUAGGCCUAGAAGUCCACAUUUUGGAGGAGAGUCAAAGCACCAUUUCACCACCUCCAUGGCUACUUCAACAAUAACCAAACCCAGUUACAAUCCCUCGCCCUUGAUGUCAUCUCAUGACAUGGACAUAUCAAUGUCCAGUGGGCAUCUGAAGAGACCUCAUCCAGAAUCACAAGAUGUUCCUGGUCUGCAUAACAUUAAAAGCGAAGGAGACGAAAUCGAUAUAAAGCCUGUUAAGAGAGAAUGUUUGGACAUGGAUGACCAACGUGGAAGACAGAUUGUUGAUUAUUCUGAUAUGCACGAGGUUAAAGUUAAGAGUGAAUUAGAAAGUGAUAAAAAUAUUGAAUUCAUGAGGCAAAAUGUAGCGCUGCCUAUUGAUCGAAAACCAUUUGACUUGAGCAGUUCAUUUGUGAAGCAGGAGUCUCAAUCUGGUGCUGAUGCAAGCAUUUCAAAGAUGAAAAAGAAGAAAAAGGAUAAAAAGAAACACAAACAUAAACAUAAACACAAGCACAGCAAAAAGGACUCUUCAGGACAAUCUAUUAAAAAGCACCAUAGUCAUGAUGGCAGCGGACAGCAUACAAAGACACAUCUAUCAAGUGUUCUCGAACAGGAUAAUCAGGAGACUCUAAGCAGUGUUAGCUCAACGCCAAGCCCUGGUUCAAAUUCACAAGACGUUCUUUGAGAUAUUUGUGAUGAGUUCCAUGGACACCACUCGACAAUUGAAAGCUGAGAAAAAUCAAUCCAGCAAUGACGAACCAAAGAAUUCUACAAAAAUAGUAUUUGUAUUAUUAAAUUUAAAAAAAAACAUUGACCACACUCUGCCCGUUAAUAAAUCCAAAAGAUCUAUACUGAAUCAUCCGAUUCCUAGAAAUUUUGAUUAUGCUGAAGCACCAGUUUUUGAAUCGGAUACAGAUUAUGAGAAUUAUUUAAAAACAUAUUUUUAUCAUGAUGAUGGACUAAUUUCCAAGCAUCAGCCGAGGCCCCAUGGUGGUAAAUCAAGAAGACGAUAUAGAAAUAGACCUAGAAGAAGGUACAGGAGACGUAGACCGGAUGCAACAAAGUGCAGGAGAAAGAUUUAUUUUAGAACUAGA